AUGUUCUCUAAUUCCGCACUAUUCCCACACUGGCGUCGCAAAGCAGCCGAACGCUCCAGCAGCAGCUCUUAUGAGGUGCCCUUCUAUCUGAAUGCGGCUUACUAUCCCAACUGGCGCAUUUAUCAGAAACAGUCCCCUUCCUCGCUGCGAUUGGGAUUUGUCUCGCAUAUAUUCUACGCAUUUGCCUGGAUGUUAACCAAUUUUGCUUCCUCUCAUAGGGUUAAAGAAGAUGGUACCGUCUAUUUGAGCGACGAAUGGGCCGACAUACAGAUGCCCGUGGACGGCACUACCGGCUGUCUCCGGGCUUUCGCCCAGCUCAAGCCAAAGUAUCCUAAACUGAAACUCAUUCUCUCUAUCGGUGGCGCCGGCAAGGGAAGUGAAAAUUUCUCGCGCGUGGCUCGCAGUCAAUCCUGUAUGGAGACUUUUGGGCGGACUGCCCGAGCACUGGUAGACGAGUACGGCCUAGAUGGGGUAGAUGUGGACUGGGAACACCCCUCGGACGCCCAUCAAGGCGCCGACUAUAUCCGCCUCCUCGCCCAAAUCCGCAAGUCUCUCCCGACCCCACGCUACCUUGUAACAUCAGCCCUCCCCGCAUCGCCCUGGUUCUUGCGACACAUCGAUCUCUCCAAAGCCCAAUCCUAUCUGGACCUCCUCAACAUCAUGGCCUAUGACUUCACGGGAUCCUGGACGCCGGAAACCGGUCACCACGCCCAACUCACGGCCCCCCCGGGUAUUUCGCAUCCCAACGCGAGCAGCAAUACCCUGUCUUGUCAAUCCAGCAUUGCCUACAUUCUCAACAACCACCCCAUCGAUCCCAAAAAGCUUCUGCUGGGGAUUCCCGUCUACGGCCGGUCAUUCCUGGGUUGUUCCGGCCCAGGCCAGCGAUAUGUGGGCUGCGGGGGCGAGGACGGGAUCUUCGAUUACUGCGACCUGCCCCGACCCGGUGCGCGAGAGGUCGUGGACGAGGAAGCCGGCGCGGCAUAUUGUGUCGGUGGCGUGGAUGGCGGGUUCGUCACGUACGACACCCCGCGGACGGUGCAGCUGAAGGCGAAGUUCGUGACGAGGAUGAAACUCGGGGGACUGUUCUACUGGCAUAUUGGUGGGGAUAAGAGCGGCGGGAAGGGAAAGAGCUUAGUAGAGGUUGGAUAUGAGAGUUUGCAUGAUAUGUGAUUUUGUUGUCUCCUCGGGUGAGGCUGGGAAGAGAGACCGUGAAGGAGAGGAAGAAGAAACGGUGAAGAGAUGUGGCUGCAUUCGGCUUGUUGGUGCUUUUUUUUCUUUCUUUCUUUCUCUCUCUCUCGCUAUCUGCAUUCC